UUCCUUGUAUUACAGUAGAGACUUGUCAAAUUGAUCAUGUAGGUCAUUGCUGCUGCUUUGGCACCUUGAGCAAACGGAGCUGGACUCAAUAGAUCUACAGCCUUUUUAAAUUGGAGUAGACUUUGAAAAGGACAACAAAAGGAGUAGUUUUGGUGUACUGAAGCAUGUUUUUACCAAGAUCUGUUAAAGUCAAGAGGACUGCUGAAGACGACAAAAGCUUUACCGCUAAGAAAAAUAAAUUGUCUUCUGGAGGAGCUUUGCUAGAGGAGACCACCACGUUCCAAGACUGUAAGCCAGUUAGAACAGAAACUUCUGCUUCAGGAUGCAAUUUGAAUGAAGUUGUACAAGAACACACAGAACCUGUAGCUGGAGAUCUUGGUGUUGCUAAUGCAACUUUGGGAAAGGACAACCAAAAUACUGAUGAAGAUAGCUCUUCGGAAGAACCCAUAAAAUCCUUCAGCAAAUCCCAGCGCUGGCCAGAACCUGGAGAACCUGUGUGUGUUGUGUGUGGUCGCUAUGGGGAAUAUAUCUGCGAUAAAACAGAUGAAGAUGUUUGUAGCUUGGAGUGUAAAGCCAAACACCUUCUACAGUCUGAAGAAAAGGAAAAAAAGCUAAAAUCUGAUCAACUCACAAAAGCAGACUCUCAAGCAGAAGUUCACCUACUUAAUACACCUUAUUUCUACAAAGAUCAUUCCUUUAUAUUAGGCUUACGAGAUGAGCAGGUUGAGAACCUUAAACUGCAGCUGGGUAUUGCUGUCCAGGGCCAGCAAGUUCCAAGACCUAUUGUAGAAUUUGAACACUGUGGUUUUCCUGAAACUUUAAACCAUAAUUUAAAGAAUUCUGGCUAUGAAGUCCCAACUCCCAUCCAAAUGCAAAUGAUCCCUGUUGGACUAUUAGGAAGGGAUAUUUUGGCUAGCGCAGACACGGGCUCCGGAAAAACAGCAGCCUUCCUACUCCCUGUUAUUAUGAAGGUGUUGAAAGAGACAGAAACUCCAUCUGCCCUUAUUUUGGCACCAACACGGGAGUUAGCAAUUCAGAUAGAGAGACAAGCUAAAGAACUGAUGGCUGGUUUACCAAACAUGAGAACAGUUCUCCUGGUAGGAGGUUUACCGCUGCCACCACAGCUUCACCGGCUCAAGCAAAGUGUUAAGGUUAUAAUAGCAACACCUGGAAGACUUCUUGAGAUUUUAAAGCAAAGUUCUGUUCAACUACGUGGCAUAAAAAUUGUAGUGGUGGAUGAAGUGGAUACCAUGUUAAAAAUGGGUUUCCAGCAGCAAGUGUUGGAUAUUUUAGAAGAUGUGUCUCAUGAUCAUCAGACCAUACUGGUAUCAGCCACGAUUCCAGUGGGCAUCGAACAUUUUGCAAAUCAGCUUCUGCACAAUUUUGUAAGAAUAACAAUUGGAGAGAAGAAUCUGCCGUGUUCCAAUGUUCGCCAAAUUAUCUUGUGGGUAGAAGAACCAUCUAAAAAGAAAAAGCUCUUUGAAAUACUUAAUGAUAAGAAACUCUUCAAGCCUCCAGUGUUGGUAUUUGUGGACUGUAAGCUAGGAGCAGAUCUCUUGAGUGAUGCUGUUCAUAAGAUUACAGGAUUGCAAUGUACAGCUAUGCAUUCUGAAAAGUCUCAGGUGGAAAGAACAGACAUAUUACAGGGAUUACUUCAAGAGAAGUAUGAAGUUAUAGUAAGUACUGGAGUCCUUGGACGAGGCCUUGACCUCGUCAAUGUCAAACUGGUAGUAAAUUUCGAUAUGCCUUCAAGUAUGGAUGAAUAUGUACAUCAGGUUGGACGAGCAGGAAGGUUGGGUCACAGUGGAACUGCUAUUACUUUUAUCAAUAACAACAGCAAGAAGCUUUUUUGGGAUGUUGUGAAGAGAGUAGAACCGACGGGCACCAUUCUUCCCCCACAGCUGCUUAAUUCCCCAUAUCUUCAUGACCAAAAGAGAAGGGAACAACAGAGACUUAAACAAUUACAGAAUAGCCUUGUAACAGGAGAUAAUAUUAUGGACGUUAUUAGAAAACAUGACAAAAAUAAUUCUCAGAGACUGAGGCUUGAGAAAUUAAGUUUCAUCAUCAGACCUUUCAUGCUGCUGUGAUGAUGCAUCAUCCCUUUUUGGCAGGCUGAGAUGUCCCGGGUCAUGUCACACGUGCACUGUAUGUCUGUUCUUUGGCCAAAGGACAGCAAUAUGGUAGACUGACUCGGGUAGUGAACUUAAUUAGUUCUUAAAAGCUUUCCCCAACUAGAACAAAAAAGAGCAGGCCUUACCUGCCCCAGGGCAGGUGACCUAAGCGUGGCGCUGGUGACAGGGGUUCCUGAACAGUAACAGAUUUAUAUAGUUAUUAAUGACAAACUCCUACUAUGAAUUCUGAUAAGCUGAAAUACGAUGUUUAUUAUGAUUUCUACUAUUUUAUGUGCACUGUUGCUACUACUUCAACAUAAUCUCACAUGGGGAAAAACUCGGGUUUUUAGCACCCCCCCAGCCCUCCCCCGUGCUCUGGCUUUUGUCUCCCUCUGCUGGAAUUUUUUUAAGCUUUUUCCCAUUAACUCAGUCGUGCGGUAUGUCAUAAAUGCCAGAUCUUUUAUAAAACGUAUUUCUCCUUCAGCAAGCGGCCAGCUUGUGUGUUUCUUGCGGAGAUGGCAGGAAGCGGUGCUCGAUGGCCUUCCUCAUCCCGCACCCUCCAAACUUUCCAGCCAUCCCCGCGUUUCUGACAGGUGAGCCGGCACAGCCCCGCCCUCGGCCUGCAGCUCGCUCGCUGCCCGUGCCCGCCACCCGCCGGCUGGGGCGGGGCCGUGCCGCCCGUUCCAGGGGCAACCGACCACCACGGGCUCCCGGCCCCGCCCCCUUGUGGCUGC